AUGACUACUGACUGCUGGCUGCCGAGCGCAGAGGUGGUGGCCGUGGCGGUUCCAAGCUCUGCGCUGCCGUCCCCCGCGCGUCGCUCCGGCUGCCUCUGCCUCUGCUUCCUGGGCGGGCUGGGGCCAUUACCGGGCGUGCUGGGGCCAUUACCGGGCGUGCUGGGGCCGUUACCGGGCGGGCUGGGGCCAUUACUGGGCGGGCUGGGGCCAUUACCGGGCGUGCUGGAGCCGUUACCCAGGGGGCUGGGGCCGUUGCUGGGCAGGACGCAGGAGGCGGUUGCUGACAGCAGGAUGGAGCUGCACCAAGUGCUGCUGCUCCUGCUGCUGUCUGGGUCCCAGCUGGGCCUCCCCAGCCUGCGGGGGGGCUGGGCUCAGCACCCCUCGGGUGUCUCUUCCCCUCCAGACUCUCCGGUGCCGGCCGAGCUCACGGUCCCGGUGCAGCUGUCCCCCAACACGACAGGAGCACCUCAGCAGGCAGGUCCCUUCUGGCGGCUGUGGGCCACGGUGUCCUAUGCCCUCACCAUCGAGGGGAGGUCCUUCACCAUUCACCUCCAGCAGCAGGUCUUUCUGUCUGACGACUUCAGGGUGUAUGUCUCGGAGGAGGAGCAGCCUCUGCCCCCUGAUCUGGUGCCCAUCAAGGGACACUGCCACUACCGGGGCUACGUUGAAGGCUUCCCCAGCUCGGCGGUGACCCUCAGCACCUGCGCAGGGCUCAGGGGCCUGCUGCAGUUUGAGAACGUCAGCUACGGGAUUGAGCCCCUGGGCUACUCUCCUGGCUUCGAGCACUUGGUGUACCCUGUGAGUGGCAAGGGCACAGCAGAGUCCCUCCUGGCCAGCAGCCACCUCCAGGGAGAGAUGGGCAGCUUGAAGGUGGAGGAGAUGGCAUCCCAAGCACGUGGAGAUAAAGAGUACACCUACAUGGGUGAGAAGACAAACACUGCUGUACAGAAGGUCAUCCAGGCCUUCAAUCUAGUCAACAGUAUGUUCCGUCCUCUUAACCUCACCAUUCUGCUGACCUCCAUGGAGGUGUGGACACAGGAGAACAAAAUCUCCACAGCCCCGGAGGCUACUAAGCUUCACCCACAGUUUUUGCAGUGGAAACUGCAGCAAAGCACUCAGCCUGAGCAGGACCUGCCUAUGCUGCUGCUGUACAAGGCCGAUGCACACAUAAUGGGUGCAACAUUGCAGGGCUCAGCCUGUCAGAGAGAGAAUGCUGGAAUAGUGGCUGUGUAUGAAGAGUUCAUGACAGUGGAGUUCUUCUCUGUCCUUCUGACCCAGCUGCUGGGACACAGCGUGGGCAUGGACUACCAUGGUGAACACCAAUGCCGCUGCCAGAGGAGCAUCUGCAUCAUGAGCCACAUGGCACUAUUCAUAGGGGGAGCAAAAACCUUCAGCAACUGCAGCAUCCAUGACUUUGAGGUCUUCCUGAAGCAGAAUGGAAGCAGCUGCCUGUUCAGCACGGGCAGCUUGGCAAGACCUUCCUCGAGCAUCGCCAAAUGUGGCAAUGGCGUAGUGGAGGCUGGGGAGCAGUGCGACUGCGGCGCUGGGGAGGCGUGCUCCAAGGAUCAAUGCUGUGCUAAAAACUGUCGCUUCAAGCCAGGAGUGAAAUGUUCCUCUGGGCUGUGCUGCAGUGGCUGCCAGUUCAAGCAGCAGAACUCUCCCUGCCGCCCGGCUGUGGACCCCGAGUGUGACCUGCCCGAGGUCUGCGCCGGCUCCUCUGCCUCCUGCCCCCCUGACCUCUACGUGCAGGAUGGGCACAGCUGUGGGGGUGGCACUGGCUACUGCUACAAGGGACGCUGCCAGUCUCCAGAGCUGCAGUGCCAGCUGCUCUACGGGAGAGGUUCCAAAAACGCCCCCACGGCUUGCUACGAGGAGCUCAACAGCCAGAAGGACAGGUUUGGGCACUGCGGCUUCCAGCCCAGAGGAGGCUACAGGUCCUGUGCUUGGAAGGAUCUCAGGUGUGGGAAGCUGAUCUGCACUUACCCCUCCAGCACUCCCUUCCCCUCCCAGACCGCGGCCGUGGCGUACGUCCGUGUGCGGCAGCACCUGUGCGUGUCGCUGCAUCACCUGGACGCAUCGGCAGACAGGGACCCUCUGCUGGUGCCGCCAGGAACCAAGUGUGGCUCUGGGAAGCUGUGUAUCAACAACACCUGCCAGCCUCUGUCGGUCCUGGCACUGGAGUGUGACAGCGCAGUGAAGUGCCACGGGCACGGCGUGUGCGACAACAAGGGGCAGUGCCACUGCCAGCCUGGCUGGCAGCCCCCGGACUGCUCUCGGAGGGACUCUCCCUUGCGGGAAGGCAGCGCCCAGGAGGCAGUCGGUGGCUUCUCCCUGCUGCAAACGCUGAAGGACGAGAAGGUGAUCCUAGCCCUGCUGGGCAGCUGCCUCCUCCUCGCCGGGGCCAUCGCCUUCGGCAUCUGGCGGUGCAGGCAGAAGCUGCCACGCACGGAGGGCUCUGCUGCCGCCAAGGACACGAACCGCGCAGAGAUGGACCCGGACCGGAGCCUGGACCCGGACCGGAGCCUGACCCCGGAGCCGGCCCCGUGGCACGAGUGCUAA